AUGCCUCUACCAAUUGUGAAUAAGCUUUCUUCUGACGGACGUGUUCGUUUUUACAAUUGGGCAAGAACGUUCACGAAUGUCUCUACUGGAUUUUAUGUUCCUAAAAACGAAGAUCAGUUACGAGAUAUUAUAGUCGAAGCCAACACAAAACGUAAACAUGUACGUGUUGUCGGCGCAGGUCAUUCACCGUCUGAUAUCGUUUGCAGUACGGGAUAUCUAGUUUCUUUGGAUAAAAUGAACAAAAUGGUUUCGUUUGAUCCUGAGAGUCAGACUGUCACGGUGCAAGCCGGUACUCGCUACGAUCAGCUACAAAAAGUCCUUGAAAAAUUAGGCUACUCAUUGCCUAUUGUCGGUAGCAUUUCUUCUACUUCUGUCGCCGGUAUUAUGUCUACUUGCACUCAUGGUUCUAGUCUUCAGCAUCAAGUUCUUCCUGGCUAUAUCGAAUCUCUUCGUUUGAUGUUAGCAGACGGUUCAAUUGUUACAUGUUCCCGUACCCGUCAAAAGGACGUUUUUUCAGCUGCUCAAGUCAGUCUUGGUGCCUUAGGUGUUGUCGUUGACUUAACUGUACGUGUGGUGCCUGCUUUUGAUUUGGUUGCUACCGAAUCCAGUAUACCAAUUUCAACAUUAUUUGAAAAGUGGAAAGCAAAUGAGUUAUGGCAGGCUGCAGAGUUUGUACGGGUUCAUGUGUUUCCAUACGCAAACCGUGCAGUGGUCUGGAAUGCAAACAAAGUUAUCCCUGGCAGCGUUCCUCAUACUUCCAAGCCAUCUAAAUUCCAAUUAAAAUUCACCUCCUUUAUGUACGAAAAUUUGCUUUACAUAGGUAACCUAUUUCCACGCUUCAUGCCUACUUUGCAGCGUCUUGCUUAUCACUUUUUCUAUGGAUGGAGGACUGAUCAUCUUUCUACUGCCGUUGGACCUGGAUUUGAUAUUAUGCAGAUGUUUUGCUUCUUUUCUCAACACGUCGCUGAAUAUUCUGUUCCUUUGGACACAGCUUCAGACGCUUUGGAAAGAGUUAUCAACUACACAAUUGGACCUGCCCUUGAACAGAAAAUUUACACCCAUCAGCCUUUGGAGGUUCGAGUAGCUGCUCCUACUCCUGAAGAUGAAUGCUGGCUUUCUACUGCUUCUAAGGUUCCUACCUGCUUUAUAGAAUGCAUUAUGUACCGUCCUUAUCAUCGCAAUGUUAAGUACGAAUCCUAUUUUAAUUCCUUUGAAGAAAUUAUGUGCGAUUACAACGGCAAACCUCAUUGGGCCAAGGAAUUUAAUUUGAAUAAGAAGCAACUUUUAGAAUUGCAUCCUAAUCUUUCAAAGUGGCUGAAUCUUAGAAAUCUAAUGGAUCCCAACCGCGUAUUUUGGAACAAUUACAUGCGCCGUCAUUUCUCUUAA